AUGGGGUCCCCUUCAGUAUCUACCCAUCGAGGACUUGUCCACUGGCAUGGACUCCUGAUGGUGGUUUCAUUCUUAAACUUCUGGAGCCAGCCCACCACAGCCCAAGUGACAGUUGAGUCGAUCAAUGCUCUCGAAGGGACAGAUGUGACUCUACAUAUCUACCAUAAGGCUCCCAAUACAGCAGGCUUCCUGUGGUACAGGGAAGAUGCCUCUGACAGCAAUCAUAAUAUUGCAUACCUUUUACUAAACCCAAGAAUCCAUAUAAGAGGUCCUCCAGGUGGACCAGCCAGAGUAGAGGAUGAUGGGUCCUUGCUGUUAAAGAAUGUCACCACGAAAGACUCAGGAAUCUACACCGUAUUGGUCCAACUACAAAACUGCAAAAGAAUGAUUGCAUGUGGAAGGCUCACUGUAUACCCGCUUCUGAGAGCACCCACCCUCCUAGCCAGCAACACCAUAGUCACAGAGAAUAAGGAUGCUGUGGUCAUGACCUGCCACACAAAUGCUGAUGCCAUCCAUUGGUUUUUCAAAGGCAGAAGUCUGAUGCUCAAGGAGAGAAUGUGGCUGUCACGUGACCGCAGAAACCUCACCAUAUACCCUGUCCAGAGGGAGGAUUUUGGUGAUUAUGAGUGUAAAGCCUUCAUUCCCUUGAAUUCUGCUAAAUGUGCAACCUUUGUGCUGGAUGUGAAACUUCAGUGA